AUUUUCGUCACCCUGUCCCCUGUUUCCCACAAAUUUUCAAUUCAGUUUUAUUUUCGCAGUAACAAACUUCGGUAAUGGAUUCCAUGGAUUCUUUGUCGAACGCAUUGGAUUCUCUGAAGCCGCAGCAAGGCGGCGGCGAAGGCGGUUGCACAGCCGAUGACUGCAAGCUCUCCGCCGUCCACGACGCCCAUGGUCCGUCGGUGGUCGUCGGCCCUGAGGCUACUCUGGGCCGCCACUUAGCCCACCGGCUGGUCGAAGUCGGAGUCAAUGAUGUUUUCUCGGUGCCCGGUGACUUUAACCUUACCCUGUUGGAUCACCUCAUCGCCGAACCCGGGUUGAACAACAUUGGGUGCUGCAACGAGCUCAAUGCCGGCUACGCCGCCGACGGUUACGCCAGGCAUCGCGGUGUCGGAGCAUGCGUUGUUACCUUCACCGUCGGUGGGCUUAGCGUUCUUAACGCUAUCGCCGGAGCUUACAGUGAGAAUCUCCCGGUGAUUUGUAUCGUCGGGGGGCCUAAUACUAAUGAUUACGGGACGAAUCGGAUUCUUCAUCAUACAAUUGGGCUUCCUGAUUUCAGCCAGGAACUGAGGUGUUUUCAGACGGUGACGUGUUAUCAGGCUGUUGUUACUCAUCUGGAAGAUGCGCAUGAACAAAUUGAUCGGGCGAUUUCUACUGCUCUGAAAGAAAGCAAGCCUGUUUACAUUAGUAUCAGUUGCAAUUUGCCUGGGAUUCCUCAUCCAACUUUUAGCAGAGAACCAAUCCCGUUUUCAAUCUCGCCUAGAUUGAGCAAUAAGGCCGGACUUAAGGCUGCAGCAGAAGCAGCAGCAGCCUUCCUCAGCAGAGCUGUGAAGCCUGUCAUAAUUGGAGGUCCGAAACUCAGAGUUUCAAAGGCACAAGAUGCCUUCGUUGAAUUGGCUGAUGCCAGUGCGUAUCCUGUUGCUAUUAUGCCAUCAGCUAAGGGUCUUGUGCCAGAGCACCACCCGCACUUCAUUGGUACUUAUUGGGGAGCAAUCAGCACAUCUUUUUGUGCUGAAAUUGUAGAAUCGGCUGAUGCUUAUGUCUUCAUCGGGCCAAUUUUCAAUGACUAUAGUUCUGUGGGAUAUUCACUGUUAAUCAAAAAGGAGAAGUCCAUCAUUGUGCAGCCUGACAGGGUUGUCAUUGGAGAUGGCCCUGCUUUUGGGUGUGUUCUUAUGAAGGAUUUCCUUCAGGAAUUGGCCAAGAUUGUUAAGAAGAACAACACUGCUCAUGAGAAUUACCGAAGGAUCUUUGUGCCUCAGGGAGUUCCACUGAAAAGUGAACCUAACGCCCCCAUCAGGGUAAACAUACUCUUUCAGCACAUUCAGAAGAUGCUUUCUGGUCAGACUGCUGUGAUUGCUGAGACAGGGGAUUCGUGGUUCAACUGCCAGAAGCUGAAAUUGCCAGAAGGCUGUGGGUAUGAAUUCCAAAUGCAAUAUGGUUCGAUUGGAUGGUCAGUUGGUGCCACAUUAGGCUACGCUCAGUCGGCACCUGAAAAGCGCAUUAUCGCUUGCAUUGGCGACGGUAGCUUCCAGGUUACUGCUCAAGAUGUGACAACAAUGAUUAGGAACAACCAAAAGAGCAUUAUAUUCUUGAUCAACAAUGGAGGAUACACCAUCGAGGUUGAAAUCCAUGAUGGCCCUUAUAAUGUUAUCAAGAACUGGAACUACACAGCUGUAGUGGAUGCAUUUUGCAAUGGAUCAGGCAAUUGCUGGACUACGAAGGUACGCACUGAGGAGGAGCUGACUAAGGCUAUUGAAAUUGCAACUGGUGAGAAGAAAGACUCCCUCUGCUUCAUUGAAGUGUUCACUCACAAGGAUGAUACAAGCAAGGAGCUUCUGGAGUGGGGUUCUAGAGUUUCUGCUGCCAACAGCCGCCCACCAAAUCCUCAGUAAAAAGCAUUUGAUCAGUAGAUAGAGAAUUCAAGCAAAGGAGUUUCUUUGAUGACUGAGUUUUAAUUGCAAGUAUCUUGCAUUUUGAUAGCAGUACUUUUUGCUUUAUUUUACUAGUUGGUGUUGUUUAAUGUCUAGUUUUUACUGCCAAUACUGAAUUGGAAUCAGGAUGAAACAUAGUUCACCUGAUGCAAACUUUGGUCUGAAGUCAUUAUCUAGUUGUGC